GGUCCAAGGGCUCAGGUUUUGAUAUCUCAAUAUCAUAAAGGCUCAAUUCAGCAGGGUAACUCAAAGCCACUUUGGAGAAGUGGAUGUUAACCCACGGGGCCGGCUGUGACAUCAGGGGGCCUGUUUCGUCUCUGACAGUUCUUCUCGUAGUAGGGCUCUUAUCUCAGGGAGUAUUUCACAUCUUCCUGUGGGUUUCACUUCAGCGUUUCUCUGUCAACCCCCUCGGUGAGUUGCAUUUAAAAUCGGUCCCCUCCCCUUUUUCACCUCGCUCCCUUCAACUCUCCACUUCCUCCAUCUGCCAGCGAGAUGUGCUGAACUCCGACGCCCUCCACUACUCAUUCUGUACGCCCGGUGCUCCACUUCUACACCUCUCCACGCCGACCGACUCACACCAACGCUCAGGUCACCAUGUCCAGGAAGGUGGUGAGGUCCAGUAAGUUCCGCCAUGUCUUCGGCCAGGGCCUGAAGGCCGACCAGUGCUACGAUGACAUCCGCAUCUCCCAGAUGACGUGGGACAGCAACUUCUGCACCGUCAACCCCAAGUUCGUGGCCAUGAUCGUGGACGCCAGUGGUGGAGGGUCCUUCAUCGUGCUGCCCCUGAGCAAGACGGGACGUAUUGAUAUGUCCUACCCCACAGUGUGCGGCCACACUGGUCCCGUUCUGGACAUCGAGUUCUGCCCCCACAACGACAACAUCAUAGCCAGCGGGUCCGAGGACUGCAGUGUGAUGAUCUGGGAAAUCCCAGAGGGAGGUCUGACCUCGCCCCUGAGCGAACCGGUGGUGAAGCUGGAGGGCCACUCUAAGAGGGUGGGCAUCCUGAGCUGGCACCCCACCGCCCACAACGUGCUCAUGACCGCAGGCUGCGACAACGUACUGAUCCUGUGGAACGUGGCCCGCGGACAGGAGAUGGUGCGGAUGGACACCGUCCACACCGACCUCAUCUACAGCGCCUGCUGGAACCGGGACGGCUCCCAGAUCCUGACCGCCUGCAAGGACAAGACCCUGCGUGUCCUGGACCCCCGCAAGGGCACCGUGAUCACGGAGAAGGAGAAGCCCCACGAGGGCUCCCGGCCCGUCAGGGCCCUGUUCGUGUCCGACAACAAGAUCCUCAGCACGGGCUUCAGCCGCAUGAGCGAGAGGCAGGUGGCCCUCUGGGACCCGAACCAUUUCGGGGAGCCCCUCACACUUCAGGAGCUGGACACCAGCAGCGGCGUCCUGCUGCCCUUCUUCGACCCAGACACCGGCAUCGUCUUCCUGUGUGGCAAGGGGGACACCAGUAUCCGCUACUUCGAGAUCACCGACGAGGCGCCGUUCAUCCACUACCUCUCCAUGUACAGCGGCAAGGAGAGCCAGAAGGGCAUGGGCUACAUGCCCAAGAGAGGCCUGGAGGUCAACAAAUGUGAAAUAGCAAGAUUCUAUAAGCUCCACGACAGGAAGUGUGAACCAGUUGUCAUGACCGUGCCCCGCAAGUCUGACCUCUUCCAGGAGGACCUGUACCCUAACACGAUUGGUCCAGAGCCGUCGGUGGAGGCAGACGAUUGGUUUGACGGCAAAGACGGCCAGCCCAUAAUGAUCUCCCUGAAAGACGGCAUUGCUGCCCCGACCAAAACCAAGGAGUUCAAAGUGAACAAGACUCUCCUGAAGAGCACGACCGUCUGCGCCGGAGACCAGGGAAACAGAGGAGGGGAGAUUGAAAGCUUACGGAACGAAGUGAAGCAGUUGAAAGAGGCUUUGGAGGCGCUGACCAAGACGGUGAAUGAUCUCCAGCUCCAGCAGCAGUAGUGCCACGCCCUGAGAGAAUGAAGAGAGAGAGAGAGAGAGAGAGAGAGAGAGAGAGAGAGAGAGAGAGAGAGAGAGAGACGUGACCACUGACAGAACAGUCGACUGAGUUUGAACUGGCUUCAUUGGAGAUCUUAGGGAAAACAAAGGGGUUAAUGGAAGGAUAUCACCGCUAUAUUGAAAGCCAGUAAUAAUACAUUCAGAUUACCUUGUUUUCAAAGUAUCAUAUUUUAAUGUUAUUGUUAUCAAGUGAAUACACAAUUUUAUGUUUUUUAAAAUUCAAAACAUUGUGGUAGUGAUUUGCUUAGACAAGGGUUGUAUGACAAGCCAUGAUACAUAACUUCAGGUGGCAAAUUAAAAACAUUCUUGAAAUAUGUUUUUUAGAACAAACUAUAAUACAUGCAUUCCAUAGUUUGAAAUAAAAUGUUUGGUUUUCA